AACCUUUGUUCUGCCUUUUCCUCCCAGUACCGAGUAAAACCUAGAGAACGUUCAUACCUCCAACAACACUGCGCUCGUAUUUUGCUGCUUGGCGAUCGCAGAUGGUCAUUUUAUUAAUCAAACAUUUGCAGAAUUCAUUCAUUAGGCUUUAUACAUACAUUUUUUUCCCGAUAGCUACAACCCGAGGGGGACAACUGGCCAUUUUUUUUCUGUCAGCUGCGAAAUGGAAAUAAAACGCGGAACUGAAAGUGGAAGCAACCGAGGUAAUGACCUUCCCCUCCGUUAUCUUCGGCUCCUGGCCCCACCCUUGCAGCUUUUAUCAGCUGGAGUGUGGCAAGUUGUGCAGCAGGGACUUGUGGAUCACUACGGGAUGCUGGAAGAGUUUGUUACCAUGGUGACGGAGCUGGUCCCAGAGCUGAUGAGCUACAGUCAGAGGGCUCAGCUCAUCCUGGGACUCAGGGCCAGGCUGGUUCUGGAGAUGUGUCGAGGGGAGCAUCCAGUGGAUAUGCAGAUCAUUCAGCCACAUCUGGACAGAAUAAAAGCCCCUGUCAGUACUGCCAAGGAUCACCACGUAACCAUCAACCACGUGGAGGAAUCGGAGGUGAACUUUGUGGAGCUGGUGCAUUCGUUACUGGAGGAUCCCUCUGAGAGAAAAUAUUUUUUCCAGGAAAUCUUCCCAGUAUAUUUUGGCUCAAAGUACGAUGCAGCACUAGAGAUGCUGGUGUGGGAGUUCAUAUCCAGACUGGAGGAGCUGCUGCCCAUCCCAGACUUCACACAGUUGGCCGCCUUGCUCAGAGACACUCCAUCAUUCCUAGACGACUGUUUGCAAACCCUUUUCCCCCCAGAGGACAUGAAGGCUGUACUUGAACACCACAGAAACCUCGGCCAUUUUAAAGAGAAAGAUCCCAGAUUAUUACCCAUGGAUGACUGCAUCCUCACCUCCCUGUCACUGCCUCCUGGGACCAAAACUGUCAUGGAAACAGCCUCCUGCUCGCCUGCUCUCAAAGACUCCGACCACAAAGGACUUCUCAGUGCUCCCGUCAACGCAAGCAGCACGGAGAAGUCAAGGAGGAGCUCCGAGCCGAUCAGGCAGGGACUGAGGGAGACGAGGGACUCUGGCAGUUGGCAGCUGCAGGCUAGAGCUGGAAACAUUUCUCAGGAGAGGAAAGUACAAAACAUAAUUAGCACACUGCCAUGCGAUGAAACCAUAGACCUCACUACAUCCAACGAGACUGCAGACACGGAUUCAGAAGCCAGUGAGAACAACCAAAGCUUGAGGGCAGCUCGCAUUCUCAGGAAGAGGAAGCUGAGCGGAGGUGUGGACAUUCCCACAAAGCAGCCCGUGGAGGCUUCAGCUUUCUUGGAGUCCUCAGUGGAUGAUGAGAAUUCAGGUGAAUCUCCUCUCAUCUCCAUAUGGGGAGAUUAUACAGACUCUCAGGAGGGCUCUUUUCCAGUUGUAACGGACACAAAAGUUCCCUGGUCGGAUGAGGAGACGCUCCAUCUUCUAGACAUCUGGGGGAAGGACUCUGUGCAGCGAGCUCUGAAGGGCUGCUUGAAAAACCGCCACAUAUUCACCCAAAUCGCACAAAAGAUGGCAGAGAGGGGCUACAUGAGGACAGUGGAGCAGUGCCAGACGAGGAUCAAACGACUGAAGAAGUGCUUCCGUCAGAACAAGCUGGAGCAUAAAUUUUACACGCAGCUGGAUCAGGUCCUCGGCUCAUCGGCUUCCUUGGCCGUUCCUGAGAUCACCUAUGACGUCGAGGAAAUUGUCGAUGAAGACGAGUCCCGAGACGGUGAUGAUGACCUGCAGUUUAUCGGACAAACGGGCCAUCUGGAAAUUGGAACGAGAAGCGUUCCCUGGACAGACUUGGAGACCUUGGCCCUGAUCAACACAUGGGGUGAAGAUAAGAUGCAGCAGGAGCUGAGAGGAAUGCACAGAACCGGGCACAUUUUUUCCAUCAUAUCCAACAAAAUGGCCACGCAGGGUUUCUCCCGGACGCCAGAGCAGUGCCAGACGAGGUUAAAAAGGCUGAAAUCGAACUUCAGGCAGUGCUACCAAAACAACCUGAAAGGACAGGAGCAAGUUCAGUGCAAGUUUUACAACGAGCUGGGAAGAAUUCUAGUGAAAGACUUCCCUUCAGUGCCACAGCUGGAAGAAAUACCAGGAGAGCCCGAAGAACGCGACUUUCCUGCCUACACUCAUCCAGACAUGGAGUCUGCUGUGGAAAUUCAGGAGGACAGGAGGAAAGUCCCUUGGUCAGACAAAGAGACGGUUAUCCUUCUGGAGAUCUGGGGAGACCCACAGGUCCAGCAGUGCCUUAGACGCUACCCACACAACGGUCACAUUUUCACUGAAAUUUCAGAGAAGCUUGCCGCUAACGGCUACUCCCGCAGCCCCGAGCAGUGCCACACGAGGAUCAAACGUCUGAAGGGGAACUAUCGCCAGUGUCGGGAAAACAUGAGCUCAUCUGGGACUGACAGAGUCGACUUUAAAUUCUAUGAUCUGCUGGAACAAAUUUUGGAUAAGCAGCCAUCAACGUCGUCUACUGUGGUGACAGACUCCAUUGAAAUAUCAGAAGACUCCAACAGUGAAUCGGUAACAGAAAGAGACGCUGAAAUCAACAUGUCAGCUGAAAAGCCAGCAACCAGCUCUUGGACAGACGAGGAGACCCUGGCACUUAUCGAUAUUUGGGGUGAAGAAGAUCUCCAGAAGGCUCUGAGGGGUUUCGUCCACAACGGCCACGUUUACGCAGACAUUUCCGAAAGAAUGCACGACCUCGGUUUCUCGAAAUCCUCGGAGCAGUGCCGCUGGAAGGUGAAGUCUCUGAGGAACAACUUUCGACAGUGCUACGAAAGGAAGAAAUCUGGAAGAAAAGUUGAUUACAAGUUCUACAACCAGCUGGAACAAAUACUGGGACAGGAGGCGGUUUCUCUUGACGAGUAUGAUGAAAGGGAUGAACAAGAGGAGCCGGAUUCAGGUGCCGAUGGUUUGAACACCACGUGGACAGAGCAGGAGACGGUUGCUCUCAUCGAGGUGUGGGCCGCAGAUGAUGUGCAGCACGGCCUGAAAAUAUGCGUCCGCAAUAGUCACAUAUUCGCCGAGAUAUCUGAGAAAAUGGCCGCAAUAGGCUACCUGAGGACAGCAGAGCAGUGCCACUCCCGGAUUAAAAGGUUGAAGAAGACUUACAGGCGUUACUGCAACAGCCGCAGAAAUGGAGGGCGGCCCACGGCGUUCCGAUACUUCAACCUCCUUGCUCCAGUGCUUGGCGACGAGUCUAUGUUUGCCCCUGUGGACAGUACCGAUGCCACCUUACAACCUUUGAUGGACAAUGAGCCUGUCUUAUAUGAGCAGCCCUCGACCAGCCGCCUCCUGGUUGACCUGAGCCGAAAGAUGCCCUGGUCAGAUCAGGAGACUCGCACACUGCUGGAGAUCUGGGGUGAGGACGGCGUUCAGCUCACACUGAAGGGCUGCCUGAAGAACCGACAUGUGUUUGACUACAUCUCAGAGAAGAUGAACGACCGAGGAUUUAUAAGGACCUCGGAGCAGUGCUACACCCGCAUUAAGCGUCUUAAAUAUGGCUUUCUCCAUGAAAAGGGGGAAUUUAAAUUCUUCAAUGAGAUGGAAAAAAUCUUCAGGAAGGAACUGAAAGUCGACGACGCGGCCGCAGACAGGUCGGUUGCAGAUGAGCCAGAUGACUACAUACUCGAACUCGGCCCCAAAAAAGUCCCCUCAGGUAACCAGUGGGUGCCCGACAGCACUAAGCUGCCCUGGAGCGACGGAGAGACCGAGGCCCUCCUGGACAUUUGGGGGAGCGAGGAGAUCCAGGAGAACUUAAAGGGCAGCGCCAAAAACAAACAGAUCUUCCUCCAGAUCUCUCAGGUCAUGACCAGCCAGGGCUACCUGCGCACUCCUGAACAAUGUCAGUCCAGGAUAAAGAGGCUGAGGGCUAAUUUCAGGCACUUCCUAGAAGGCAGAAAAGGAGAGAAACAAGAAUGCAAGUUUUUUGAGAAGCUGGUGCAGAUAUUUGGCAACAAGUACAUAAUAAACUCAGACCCACUGGCUGACGAUACAGCUGAAGUCAUAGAGGCAUGAAAUCAUCCACGGUGAAGAUGACGCAGCAGCAGCAGAAGGACAAUGAGGAACAUCCAGAGCAAGAACAAGAAACCGAUCUUUACUGCUGUGUUGUUUACAUAACAAAAGAGGGUCUGUCCUGUCUCACUCAAAUGUACAUUUCCCUCUGUUACCUUCUGCAGACACAAAGACCUAUU